UCCUGGUUCCCUUGCCGGUCCCCCUCUAGGCCCCCCUCUUGGUUCCGCAAAAUUUUGCAGAGAUGCCUAUCCUAUUUUCGCGACAUUUUGCGGGCAGAUUCAAGCGGAAACUCCAACUACGAACUCCUUUCUGAAAUGAGCGGAAACUCCAAUGGCGAACUCCUUUCUGAAUUGAGCGGAAACUCCUACGACGAACUCCUUUCUGAAUUGAGCGGAAACUCCUACGACGAACUCCUUUCUGAAGCAAGAUGGCUCCAAUGGAAGGUCAAGGGAAGCGAUUUGUCUUUUUCAACGACCAAUUUGCAUCUACCGAAAUUAUCAGUGCUGGAUUUCUCAUACAGCCACAUCACAAAGGAUUGGCGAGGAUGGAAGUCAUUAAUGGCGUCAAAACGGCUAAAAGUUCUCAACCUUGGAUGGUGUCUUAAAUUAAGACGUACUCCUAAUCUCUCGGCUUUCACACAAUUGAAGAUUCUCAUCUUGCUCAAUUGUGGCGGACUGGAGCAUCUCCACCCUUCUAUUGGCGAACUCACAAGCCUUGUUUCCUUGGAUUUGAGUGGCUGUGGAAGUCUCAAGGAGCUACCAGAGGAGGUGGGCAACUUAAAAGAUUUGGAAGAACUUUUAUUAGAUAGAUCUGGUAUUAGAGAUAUUCCUCUGUCUAUUGCUUCUCUGAGGAAGCUAGAGAAACUAAGUACCUGCAUUUGUGUGUCACUGAGAGAAAUCCCUAGCUCAAUUGGGGAUUUACAGAAUUUGCAACAUCUAAACUUGAGUUAUUCUGGGAUCAAAAAGCUUCCCAGUGCUAUUGGAAGGUUGAAAAAUCUGCGGACUCUAAGUCUCGAAUCAUGCUUCCUCAGUUUGAAUGGGGCAAUUCCAAGUGAAAUUGGUGACUUGCCUUCGCUCGAGUAUCUCAAUCUCACUUGGACACCAAUAUCUGACCUGCCAGAAAGCAUUCGAAAUCUUUCUUCUCUUCAACACCUUGACCUAAGGGGCUGUUACAACCUCUGGUCACUGCCAGAGCUUCCUUCGGGCUUAAAAUAUUUGUCGAAGCCCUCGAUUGCAAGAACUCCAUCUUCAGAGAAGAGAAGAAGAAAGUGGAGAAGAUUAGAUCAAAGCUGGGACAGGAGAACGUGCAUCUCAGCGUUCGUCUGGAUCGCCAAGUUGAAAUUGGGGAGAGUGUGGCAAUCUUAGGAUUUGCAGGAGAUUUGGGAUCGUGGAAGAAGAAUGGGGCAAUGGACUGGACCAAGAGCAGAUGAGUAUGUGAGUAAGAACUGAAAGGAGGAGGAUCUAUCAAAUUAGAAGAACUUAUAUUAGAUUUUUCUGAUAUUACUGAGAUUCCUACAUCUAUCGGUUCUUUGACGAGGCUGGAGAAACCGAGUGUCAGCUCUUGUGAGUCACUCAGAGACAUCCCCAGCUCAACUUGAGAUUUACAAAAUUUGCUACUUUUGGAUGUUAGUGGUUUUGGGAUUGAAAAGCUUCCUAGUGCUAUAGGAAGGUUGAAAAAUCCGUGCACUAUAAGUCUCCUAUCAUGCUGUAAUCUGAAAGAGCAAUUCCAAGUGAAAUCAGUGACUUGUCUUCACUUGAGAUUCUCUAUGUUACUUGAGGGAGUUUUGAUGUUUGUGAGGAUCCAAAAUAGUUUAUCUAGUCUCGACAGCACAUACCUGAAUGAUUUUGAUGUUGUAUUUGAGUUGAGUCUGCUUUUGUAUGCUCAUGCGGUUCAAACUCUCUGUUAAUCAAAUACGUA